UUUCCUCGCAGCAGGGAGGGGGAAGGUGCCCCGUGUGUUUCGGGCCUGACCAUGCUGAACGCCGAAGACCUUGCCGUCCCCGCGGGUGCGCUGAGCAUUUCCAUCGUUACCCUCCCGCCAGCUCGUGGGCUGAUAUUAAAUGGACCCUGUGGUGGAGAUGCUGGUGGCAGGAGCUGCUGAGCUCAGCAGUGCUUCAUCAGGACGCGCAGAUUCACAGCUUUUUCCCCGGCUGAACUCAAGCAAGUGCAUUCAACUACCUAAAGUUUAGCAAACUCUGGAUGUAUUUACCUGCAUAUACUCAAGGUGAUGACUAGUAUCAGGUCCUUUCUCCUCUGCGCUCUUUCUUGAUCUCGGAUCACUUUUGGAAACAGCCUGAAAAGGAGUCCCUGUUCAAUGAAAUCUCAUACAGAUUUAGUCUCCUUCAAAGAUGCAACUAAAAAUUAAGAGCAUCCAACUUCUCCAACACAGCACAAAUGAUUUAUCCCAUGACAAAUGUUCCAAGACUGGUCAACCGUUGUGCUGCCAGAUAUGUUUUUAAAAACAAGGACGGUUCUGAUAGAAAAGGAUGAAGUGGAUAGGACUGGGUGACAUUGUUCUACUCGCCAAACCUGUAACUUUAACAGAGGGUGACAGGGUGACCUUGACGACAGAUGUUCCUGUGGCAACAGAUGGCACUAGCAAACCCGAGAAGCUGCUGUAUGCCGUCUCCCUGCCACCUGUGCCUGGUCAGAUUGAGUACAUCAAUUAUCCCGGCGUGCCCAUUUCCAGUUACAUCCAGUUGGAUGUGGUGGCCCAGAAGGUCUCCGACGUCCACGACAAUAGCCAUGGGGCCGGUAGCUGCGUCGGCAAUGCCUUCACCCAGGGAGAUUUAAAUCAGCGCGUCAUCGGUUACAUCAUCAAUCCCUGCGUUGAAAACACUUCAGAAACCCAGGUGCAGCCAGGCCUCUGCAGCGCGCUGCACUGCACUGCGCAGAAGUGGGCUCUCCUCCAGGGAGUCUCAACCCAAGGCAGACAAAGAAAAUGUGGAGAAAAACAGGCACCUGGCAGAGAAGUGCCAAGCCACAGGCAUCAGCACCCGGGAGAUGCCCCCUCUGUGCCCUGCACGUUGCACUGUGACACCUUUCAAUUAAUCAAGCUCCUCCACCCGGCGAGAUGCACAAACCUGGUGCUGUUCACCUCGGUGCAAAGCAGAGGGUCGCAUCCUGCUGCCUGUCAGCCACUGGCCAAGAAGUUUCAGCUGGAGCUCACUAAAGUUCACCUGCAGGACUACAAUUUAGUGCAGGUGGAUCCUGGUGUUUCCAUAAAAGCUUGGGGUAGCCACAUUAAGGAGGAUGGCCUGAAAGAAAACCAAGAGGUGUUUAAAAUUAUACCGAGCACACCUAAAAACAUUGUCCUGGGGCAAAAGAGUGAAGUCACUGCAGAAAUGAGGGAGUCACAGACAGGACUUACUGAAACUGGUCAGUAUGGCUUGGAGAGCUGGGCAGCCCAUGACCUGUCUGACUUUGACGAAUGA